AUGCAGUUCACCAACCUCUUCAUCUCCCUCCUCCUCACUACAGCGGUUGCCGCAAAAGGCAAGAAUGGGACUUCCACCAAGGCCGUCACCGAUAAGUCUCUCUGCAAAGAAAUGGCCACCCUGACCAAGCUUGUGGCACUCGCUUCCAACGAAACCAAGCUCGCAGACAAGACCAACAACAACGCAACCAAGAUCGCCGAGAUCCAAGCCAAGGCGUCCGAUGCCUCCACGCAACUUACCACCAUGGAGUCAAACACCACUCUCGUCUCCACCUGUGCCGUUAUCGCUGCAGCUCAGAAGACGGAGGAUGAUUGCAAUCAGAUUACAUCUAUGACGAAGCUUGUGGCUCUCGCCGCCAACGAAACCAAGCUUGCCGACAAGGCAAAGAACAAUGCUACGAAGAUUGCUGAGUACCAGGCCAAGGCUUCUGCUGCAGCGGUCAAGUUGCAGACUUUGCAGGCAAACACUACGCUUACGGACGCCUGUACUAGCAUCACGUCGGCGAAGGCAGCGGCGAAGGCUGAGAAGGGCGCUGCUGCUUCUGCUUCCACUUCCUCGUCUGCUGCCGCGGCGUCGAGCACCUCCAAGAGUAGUGCUGGAAUGCUCAAUGCCAAGUGCGGGCUUUUGGCAACGAUUGUCAUGGUCGGUGCUGGUAUUUUGAUGUUUUAG